AUGGGCAGUACACCAGUUCCCAUAUCCAGAAGAACAAGUAUGAAAUUAUUCGUCACUGGAAUUAGUACAGACGUAGGGAAGACAAUUGUAUCAUCAAUUCUCGUGGAAUCCUUACAAGCGGAUUACUGGAAACCCAUUCAAUCGGGUGAUUUAGACAAUUCAGAUUCCCAUAAAGUCCAAAGGUUGAUUAGCAACUCCAAAACCCAUAUUCAUCCAAAUACUUAUGCCCUAAACACACCAGUUAGCCCUCAUGUUGCUGCAGAGAUCGACCAUGUUACAGUUGAUGUAAAUCGCAUUGUUCCCCCCAAAACCGAAAAUCCUCACAUGGUUAUUGAGGGUGCAGGAGGAGUUUUUGUACCGUUGAACGAUAACGAUAUGAUCAUUGAUUUAAUUCAUCCAGAUUAUAAGGUUGUUAUCGUAUCUAGAAAUUAUUUGGGAAGCAUCAAUCACACAUUGUUGACCAUCGACGCUCUUCGCAACAGAAACAUCUCAAUCGCUGGCAUCAUAUUUAGUGGAACAAAAAACCCUGAAACGGAAAGUUGGAUCUUACAGUAUUCUAAGCUUUGUUGUAUCGGACGAGUAAACGAGGAGGGCACUUUUGAUAAAUCUUUGAUCUCCAAAUAUGCCGAAAUGUUUCAUCCCAACAUCAUGAACCUAUGA